CAUCUGGUUAACUUCACAAGUGCCUCAGCUUCUCUCCAAUGAUGGCCGGGCUAAAAUGGUCGGGUUUCCUGGCACUUCUCUUAGUCAGCUCGGCCUUUGGCCAACAGCAGUGCACUCGCAUGUACGACUUGCAGCCGAAUCGAGUCCUGAACAUAACUAGUGCCAAUUAUCCUGGUGCUCUUCCCAGUGGCAGUAGCUGUAGAUUCCGGCUGAGAGCUCCCAGCAAUCAUGUCAUUCAUCUAAGUUGCCGCUUCGAGGUGUUCCCCGACACCUGCGGCUCAGAGUUUCUGUUCAUUUCCCGGGAUGGAGACUUGCAAUUUCGGGAUGCCGAGCGCUAUUGCCGAAUGGGCCAGAUCACGAGGGUCUCCAACUUCCAGGCCAUGGCCUUUGCCUACUAUUCCAGCAGAACCUUCAGUCAGCAACGGGCCCGGCUCAGUUGCCAGGCGGUGGCCCGUCCAGUGCCCUGCGACUGCGGCUGGUCCUUUCCGGUUCGCAUUGCCAACGGGGUGGAGGCGGCCAAGCACGAGUACCCGUCAAUGGUGGGCCUCCGGGACUUGACCUCCAACCUGCCGAUCUUCUGUGGAGGCAGCAUUGUCAGCGAUCGGUACAUUAUGACUGCAGCUCACUGUACUGCCCGGCAGCCGGUGGCCAGUCGCUUAUUGGCCUUGGUGGGAGAACAUGAUCUCAGUACGGCCAGCGAAUCUAUGUACGCCGCUCAAUAUCGCAUUCAGAGUAUUAUUAAUCAUCCUGGAUAUUCAGAAACUACUUCCGGAAACAUCAAUGACAUAUCCUUGCUGCAAACUGCAUCUCGAAUAGAAUGGUCCAGGGGAGUGGCACCCAUUUGUCUCCCCAUUCGGCAAUCUGACGACAACUUCAACUACCAGAAUGUGGAUAUCCUGGGCUGGGGAACCCUGGGCUUUGCAGCCUCGAAGUCCAAUACCCUCCAGAAGGCCACCUUGCUGACCAUGGACAAUGCGGUGUGUCGGAGUCAGUACAAUUCCAGCAUAGCUCCCAGUCAACUUUGCACCUACGAUUCCACCGGACGAGGUCGUGACUCGUGUCAGUAUGAUUCUGGGGGUCCUGUGAUCCUGCGACAGCGAGAUCGUAUGUUCCAACUGGGCGUGAUCAGUUUCGGACGAGCCUGCGGGCAGCCAUAUAGCAUUGGGGUCAAUACCCGGAUAACCUCGCACCUCAACUGGAUGUGGCGCUACGUGGGCGGAGGCGUGUGUGUCCGUUAGGCACUAUUUCUAUUUACCAAGGACACUGAGAGAAAUGUGUCAAGAAAUCGGGGUUUCACAGACUGCUUUGUAUUUGUAGCUGAAAUAUUUUCAAAUAAACAAAUCAGACAAA